GCCUUUUUGAGUCACAAUUUCCAAGCCUCAGACAUUUGCAAGUCUUCAACUUUCACUACAACAUGGCUUCAGAGAUCGACUCCAAGCAUAUUUUCUCCGAAUUCGAGGAUCCAGAGCGCAAAGCUCUUAUCGCCAGUAUUGUGGAGCAAGCCGGGGGACUAGCUUUAGUUCCCCGCACUAAUCUAUUCGCAUUGUGGUUUAGCGACAUAAGCGUCCUCAGAAAGGCAGCGGAUCCAGGGGAACGUGCUUCCAGGAAAACUCUGACUCUGGCCGCUAAGUCAUUGCCCAAUGACUUGGAUGUCGCUGGUAUCUGGGCUGGCACCAAAAAGCCCGAGCCCUUCUCGAUGCCAGCAGCUCUGGCAAUCAGUGGGCGAUUCCUACCACCUACGAUCCACCAAGCUCCCUCUCUAUCGUCCCCAAGAGUCCGCCAAGCUCCCUCUCUGUCCCCCCAGAGACCCCACAAAGCCAGUCGCAUCAAUCCUGAAGACGGUCUCCAGGCAACACAGGAUGAUGCCCCUCGAAUUUCACCUCUAGGUACCCAAGAACGUUCCCGCGGACGGUCACUGGCCCGCUCUCGGUUGCCUGUUCCUCCCUCUUCCUCCUCCUCCGCCGCCUCCUCUAUCGCCCCCUCCAAGCGCAGCAUUGACGCCAGAGACCAGGCACUAGCCCGUGACAGACAGCAAUGUGUCCUGACAGCCCUCUUGCAGCCUACACUCCAGGUUUCGCAUAUUUUACCAUUCAAGCUGAACAAAAUCACCACCGUCGAGGAUAUGGUUUGGCCUUGGCUAGAGGCAUUCUGGGGCGAAGAGCGAGUCGAGGCUUGGAAGAAUCAGCUCUUACGAAACCCAGACGGUUCCAUGAAUACUGAGUUCACUGCCAACUUAAUGACGCUCAGUAUCCAAGUACAUCAAUACUGGGACAGCGCGAUUUGUGCCUUUCGGCCGAUCAGCGUCAAUGAUGAACGGACCAAGCUAAAGGUAGCAUUCCAUUGGUUACCUCUUCCUCUCGAUAAAGUUCGCCGACAUCAGCCUACCCUCACGCUGUCUCACCCUUACCCUGACCUACCGAGGGGAUUCGUGCAAGGUCCGAGAGAAAAAGAGGAACUUACAAUGAUGCGACUGUACCACCAGGUAUCUGGGGAAGUUAUCCCUUCAGGGUAUAUCUUCGAUAUAACUACACCGGAUCCCGUGGCGAAGCCCUUGCCAUCAACCGAAUUGCUUGAGCUUAAGUGGCACUUAUCCCGAAUUAUGUCCAUGCAGGGAGCAGCCGAGGACGAGGAUAGCGAUCCUGAUCCAGAUGAUGACUUGGUGAAAGUGCCCUCACGCACACCAUCUCCGGCGAAAGCCGGAAAUCCACUCAGGGAAAACAUGCCGAUUCGGUCCAGACCCCAAUCCUUAUCACCGGGGAAAUUGCAGCAGGUAUUAUCAUCUUUGGAGACUUCAAGCUUGGAUAAGGAUUGUUGAAAGAUGAAGGAUUGUAAGGCAGAAGUGUUGGUUCGGUAGCUAGAACGAGACGCGGGGCCGUUUAUGAUAUGGUCGCUUAUGUUAGUGAGAUGCAGCUUCUGUUACACGCCUAGUUUAGUGAGCCUAGCUUAGCCAGGAGGGUAGAUAGAUGCAGCUUCCAAGCUGCCUAGAAUGGACCAAUAUCUUU